UCCAAUAAAUGCAAGUGUCGUUCAUGCGUAUGCGAUAAAAUGAAAGAAUCAACGCCAAUAACUCCAGCACGAAAGGCAUACACUAGUAUUACCCGUGGUAAUAAUGGGGCAAAGCGUAAAAGUAAAUUAAGCAAAGUCCAAGGAACUAUUGAUUUUAGCAAGCUGGAGUUUAUCAAUUUCGAGAGGAAACAGGGUGUCACAAUAUAUAGAUGUGGUGAGGUCGUGUGGGUGGAUGUUCUGAAGACGGGAGACAAAACAUUAAUACGGUUAGCCGAAUCAACAUCUAAGGAGAUCGACAUCAGAUAUUGGCCAGGGAUCAUAUUAAAGCGUACGAGAACGCAUCCAUCCAAUGAGCACGAAGAUUCUACACCAAAAACUUCGGAGGAUGAUUUAAGUCUAAUGGAGGUUGACACUCCUAAUACAGAAUAUGGAUUCAUCGGUGAGGUUGGAGUGCCGGACGAGUCUUUUGUCGGUUCCGCGUCACCAGGCUCGCUCACAAAAAUUAAGGAAAAGGACAUUCUAACCUCGCAAAACAGCCCAGAGUUCGAUAAUUGUUAUGUUUUAAUCCCGACGACAAAUUGCUCUCAAAAUUCUUAUCCUGUCAAUGAUGCUUCAAGGCUUAGUGAAGAUGAAUUUUUGGUGUCCGAGACUUUCUCGACGCAGGAUACUCCUCUCGCAUCGGCCACCAAAAAAUUUGAUUCACAGAAACUGGAACUAGAUCGUGAGGCGCUUUCUCCGUGGCUAACUCGUCGACCGAACAUUCUAAAGAGUCUUGAUUCGGAUUGUGAUACAGAUAACGAAAACGACGAAUCGCUAGUAAGGAAUUAUGUUGACGCCGUUCGAAAAGCAACUUUAUUAUCUCGAUCAUACACAACCUUGAAUGUUUAUCAAGAAGACGUGAUGGACUACAGUCAAAUGAUCGAUAUGCUAAGGCAAAACGAGAGAAGACGAGUGAAAGAUAAGGUUAUACGUUCCGAAGCCAUCCUCUUUGGUAACGAAUUGUUCUGCAUUGAAGACAUAAUACGAUUGACACCAUGCGACAUCGAGAAUCCAACCUACGAGGAUUACCCCGACCCGCAGUAUAUUUAUCUGAAAGAUAUCUGUGAAACAAACAACGGUAUACAACUCAUCGGGGACGGAUUAAUUCGUAGAAGAUUAGUCAAUGAAAAUGAUGCACGAUUUAUUACGGAUUACGAGUGGUACAGGAUUAAUUUCCCGGAAGAGGAGUACACAAUAGAUUUGGGAGAAGUGGCAGGUAGGUUUUACGUUGAUUACCCCGAUCUCGAAGAAAUCAUGGGAUGCUCGCGUUCCAUGACCCUCAAGGAACUGUGGGGAGGUCAGAGUUUCUAUAGGACUAUCAUGAAUACCAUGAAUGUUUCCCCGAUCGUAUAA